AUGAGUCACGACUAUGAAAAAUGGAAACGGGUGUUUGUAGCAGCAUGGGGAGAUUAUGUAAAAGUAUGGAGGUUACAGGGCGGACAGAAUUAUUGGCACAAGACAUUCCAGGAUGUUGAUAGUAUCUUCAAUGAAUUAACCGAGGUCAUUGGCAAGAGGAAUGGUUGGAACGCUGCUAUAUGUGGAGGCUUAUAUAAUGCUUCCACGGAUAAAGGAUGCGCAAUGAGGUGUCCAGGAAUUGUAAGCCUUUUACUAUACAUGAGAGGGUAUUAUUAUGCACCAGACAAUUGGGAAAAGAACGAUGUACAUGCAAGGAGCGCUGAGGGCUUUAAGAAAUAUUUGCAGUGUAUAUUAGCAACAGAAGCUAUAUUACAGCUGUAUGGCAAGAGUAAUGAGCACCUCGAAGUAGUUCAGACAAUUUCAGAAGUAUUAAUAAAUGGGGAUGACACCUGGAAGAACGCGCUUGAUGAUGAAAUAUGUAAAGGGCGCGUCUAUGGAAAAUUCAUAUUCGGAUCAGGUAUCCUCGGGGAAAGCAUCAGGCACCGCCUGAAAGAAUUGGAGAAUGAGUGGAAAGGGAGAGGAGGAAGAAGUAGACGCAAAGAAUCAGGGAAAUGUACAUGGAAUGAUACGGUGCAGAGGGAGGAAGAACAACCGAUAAGUAGUGACACCUGUGGUACAGAAUUCAAGCCGGGGCAGGUAGAUAAGGAUACUGCGGACAUACUGCAAUUAAUUGCAGUAAAUACCACCCUGAGGGCAAAGGCUUUUAAGAGAAUAAUGCAAAACGUGUUUAAUUGGAAAGGAAAAUGUGACAUGGGGAAAAAAAUAAGGAACAGGAUACAGCAAGGCAUAAAGGAUGUUGGUGCAACUGUAAACACGGGGAAAGCACCAAAGAAAGAAACUUCCAACACACCGGCUCGGAACCCUCCCACGGGGCGACCACGCCCUGGAACAGGACCAGGAAGAACACCAGAGCGAGGGCCCACGCAGUCGAAACCGCCGCAUGCAUCACUACCGAAGAACCCGACCGCCGCCGACGACCAGCUCGGUGCCAAGGCGAAACCCACGCCACCUGCCAAACCAGUAGCGGCGACACCGGUGGCAACCAAGACGACAUCGGGCAGUGGCAUGACGACGACAUCAUCUGGUGGUGGUGGUGGUAAGACUGGUCAGGGUGCUGCCGGAGGAGUAAGCAAGGGCAAGGGGAAGACGACGACCAAACAAGAGGAUUGUCCAUGGAAGACCAUAUUGCAAGAGCACAGGAAGCAAGUAUACGUCCUGCAGAAUUAUGAUAGGGAAGACCUGGAAACCAUGAACACGGCGUUGCAUAAUUUUAUUGAUUACAUGGAACAGAACCACGAGCUCGUGGAUGCGUUUGGUGCAAACUGUUAUAAUGCAGGUUGGGAGGAUAUCUCCUCAGAUGGGCAUUUUUACAUGGGCCAAACAGUAGCAGAUGUCGUACGGUGCAAACUCAUGACGGGUGCAUUAAUGUACGCCAACGGUGACAACACACAAGAGAAGAAGGCGCACGGGGGAAGUACAGAUAUGAGUGAACUGGAAACGCAGCUGCGAUGCGAGCUAGCGAAUGCAUUGGGGUAUAUACUGGAAAAGAAGUAUUGUGCACAUCAAACAGGACUUAAAAGGGGUAUAAAGUAUGCCCGGCACACAGUGAAAGCAAUGGGGGGGAUUGGCGGCAUACAGGAACAUAACAACGGUCCUGUAAUGAACGGGGAUUGUACGGAAUGUGGAUAUAAAGUUACACACGGUUCAGUGAGAGUAGUACAUGGAGAACUGGUAAACUUGCUAAUAGAGGCAGGAAAAAUAAUGGACAAGAUAGGACAGUUGGAACACAGUACGGAUUGUAGCGAAAAGUGGGAGGACUAUAAGUCAAGGCAACAGAGCACUGGUGGCACUAAAGUAGUGAACACCACACAAUUCCCUGAAGUAAAAAAAAAGGAAAAGGAGAUAAUAAAGAUAACGAAGGAAGCAGUUGAAGAAGUUAAAAAAAAAAUAGACGAAGAACUUGAAAAAAAGAAAGGUAAGGAUACGACUCGCAAGCAUACGGAUCAUACGACCGCCACCGACUACGAACCCAUACGGAUGGACGACCACCACAACAACGCGCACGCGGCCACAACAGCACAGCACCCGACGUCGUUGAGCCGACAAUAG